AGAAAACGGAAGUACCUGUACUCAAAAAGAGAUGUGAGGUGCUACCUUUGGAUAUAACCACCCCGAAAGAAACAUGUGCUGCCAGCGCUGUUGGGGAAGAAGUUUCUAGACUCCCACUUCAGAAAGAGUCCUGUGUUAAUAAUUUAAAAGAAAACAAUUUACAGUGGGACAAAACAGUUUCUUCAGACGUGCUUAUAACCAGUCUCUCUUCUCCUACGAAUCUGCCCCUGGAUACGCUACCGAAGAAGGAAAAGAAAAGUGUGAAGCUUGUAGACAGUCCAGCCAUGGCCAAAGCCUUACGUGAACAAAGUGGGAACACUCCAAGCUCCCCCAGGUUAACUGUUGAAUCAAGGCUUCAAACAGAAGUGAAAGAAGAGAAAGAAACCACAAGCAAAUUGGGGAAAGACUCUUGUAAGAAAUCUCACUCGAUUAUGUACGUAUCCUCCAAAUCAACUCCAGAGACCCAGUGUCCACAGCAGUAGUGAAACCUGCAUGGGCUAGGGGCUUAGUGAAGAGCGAAGAGCACCCUCUUGUGGAGACUUUGCGGAUACUCAUUACUAAGACCUGGAUACUUCUUUGACCAAGUAUUUUUUGAUUGAUUCUAACCCAGAAGUUUGUUAAGUGAUGAUCUGAUCCUUCAUUAAGUGUCUGUGAAUCAUAGUGAAUAAACUGUUAACAGAAGGAAAAUGUUUUAAUUUAAAUCUAUUUGCUGCAUUUGAUCUGGAUUUUUAAAGUUACAAGGACACUUAAUCUACCUUCAGAGCCCUAUUUUGGAAAAGAGAAUAUUGAAGUCAUUCAUUAUUAUAUUUUCCUUUGUAAUUUUUAAUGGACUUAACAUUUUUCUCCUGUGUUAUAAAAAUAGCAAAUUUGGCUUGAAAAUGUUAUUAUUGUAAGUUUUUUAUGGUUUAAAACCCCUAUAUUAGUCUUUGUAUUCAUAUAUGUAUUUAGAUUUUCAUGACUCAAACAUAUGAAAUAAGUAAUUUUGAAAUUUAAAAUAAAAUUGCAGUAAUUUCUUCCCUUUCUAUUUUCUUAAUUCUACGUAAGCAAUAGGACAUUAACAAAACAGAACAAGAAGAAAAAUGAACUUCAAGUAUUCUUAUUUCCUGAUAAUGUAAUUUAAUGUAUUUAUAUAUCUUAUGCAGUUUAAUUUAUGUGAUUGUAUGUACACACUUGUAUAUCAUGAAGAUACUUAAUUCUAAACUUAUCAAAUGGUUUUUUUUUUUUAAUUUAAGUAAUUAUAGGUUGGUCUGUAACUUCUGUGUUUUUAUAUUGGUAGGUGAAUAGGAAAAAAGAGAUUCAUUAUUGGGAGUUAGCUCACCAGAUUUUGGGGAUAAGUCUAAGUAUAUAGUGGGGGUUAGCAAGCUCCAGAAAAGAUAGAACAGGACAUUAGUUCAGAGUCCCAAGUUUGAUUUUGCAUUGUGUGUUCUUAUGAUAGCUAUCCCAUUUUAUUUAGUACUUUAGGUUUUGCUGGACCUGUUUUUUAAUCGGCAUUAAAGAUAGUUUUAAGACAUUUAUGAAAACUUAAACCUUGCAAGAAAUCAGAGUCUUACUUUGUAUAUGUCUUCUAAAUCAACUCAGACCAGUGCCCACAGAGGUUGCUCUACUGAUGGGUGAUGUAUCCCAUGUUUGAAAAGGCAAUCUGCGUUGCUCAGACUCCACUAACUUUAAUGCUGAUUUCAUCCCAGACCACAUACCUGAGCACCGCAGCCUCGGCACAGCAUUAAUCAUCAUCGCGGGUAUGGGGUCUAUCUAUCAAUUAAAUGUCUGCUAAAAUUUGUUAGGUAAUAGCACAUUGCCUCUAACAUCGAAAUAUAUCAAUAAACUUGUUUAAAUUUGCAAAACAACAAAAAAAACCCAACAGUUUUAGGAAAUCAGAACAUUCAUAUUAAACGGUAUCUCCUGAAAAAAGCAGCGAAAGGCACUAGGGAUAAAGAACAAUUUCAACUGGAGAAUUUUCUCAAGUUGGUGACCAUGCUAUGUGAGUUCAUAUUAGAGAAAUGUAGAUGGGUUCCUUCCAACACUUGAGUUUUUACUUGAGCUAUCCGGAAAACAACAAAAAUCAACCCUCCCCGCAACGAAAGGAAACCACCCCUCGGGGCUCAUAGUUAAGUAGAGGAGAAGUGGCAGUUGUGAUGUUGCCAGUAAUAGUUACGAUUAGCUGUGUAGGUCUCCUGUUCCAGGUGUUCUUCAUUCAUCAACUACGUUUAACUGAGCAUAUCUGUGACUAGGUGUAAUAUUGAUCCCCAUUUUGAAGAUAAGUUGACAAGACCUUAGAAGGUUACUUGUCUAAGGUCACAAGUGUUAAUGAGAAAAUUAAUCAGUUUAUGUGUGCCAAGUACUGUAGAAAUGGAAGCAAACAAGCUGCCUGGGGCGUUUUAGAUUUUUGUCAUCUCUAAGCUGAGAUUGCUUCAGAGGUUUCCUAAGACCCGGAGGGAGAGACUUCUAUUACAAGUAGGAGGAAAUGGUUUGAAGAAUAGGGGUGUGAAACAUGCUUUUUUACAAUUUCAUAUAUAUAGAGAUGAUAAAUUUUUAUCAUUUUCACCCCCUAUUUACAUCUUUCAUCUUCCCUCUCCCUCUGAAACCUUUCCAGCAAGUCCCCUCCUAUUUAUGUCUUUGAGGGUGUGACCCAGUGAGUUUAAUUAGGGUUUCCUGCAUGGGCAUAGGUCAGGGGUUACUUACUGGAGUGUAAACAACUUAGCAGAGGCUACCCACUGAAGAAAAUGACACCCCUUUCCCCAGCCACUGCUAAGAGUCCCUAUAGGAGGAGUGGGGCCUCCCAAGUCCCUUCCCCCCAUCUAUGAACCCCAGUCUGCUGCAGGUCUUGUACAGGUCACCACAGCUGCUGUGAGUUCAUGUGUGCAACAGUCAUGUCAUGCCCAGAAGACAGUAUUUUGCAGCUCUCCUCAUCCUCUAGCUUGUACAUUCUGGCAUAUUCCCAGAACCUUAGAAAGGAUGAUACUGAUGUCCCAUUUGGAGCUGAGCAUUUAACCACUGCCUCUGUAUAAAGAGAAGCUUCCUUAUCAAAGGCUAUGCUGGCCUAUGAAUAUAAGACAAGCAUGUAGAAAGCAGUUGGACAAUAUGUCCAUUUUUCAAAGUAGCAGUAGUAUGUACGAUACCCCUGAGGGCCAAUGA